AAUUAAUGUUUAUUACAAUGAGGCAUCAGGGGGAAAAUAUGUUCCGAGAGCUGUGUUGGUGGAUCUCGAACCCGGGACGAUGGAUUCUGUUCGGUCUGGACCGUUCGGGCAAAUUUUUCGGCCUGACAACUUUGUGUUCGGCCAGAGCGGCGCGGGCAACAACUGGGCGAAGGGGCACUACACGGAGGGGGCAGAGCUGGUGGACUCGGUGCUGGACGUGGUGAGGAAGGAGGCUGAGAGCUGCGAUUGCCUUCAGGGCUUCCAGCUGACCCACUCGCUGGGCGGGGGCACCGGCUCAGGCAUGGGCACGCUUCUGAUCAGCAAGAUCCGCGAGGAGUACCCGGACCGCAUCAUGAACACCUUCAGCGUGGUGCCCUCUCCCAAGGUGUCGGACACGGUGGUGGAGCCGUACAACGCCACGCUCUCGGUCCACCAGCUGGUGGAGAACACCGACGAGACCUUCUGCAUCGACAACGAGGCCCUGUACGACAUCUGCUUCCGCACCCUCAAGCUGACCACCCCGACCUACGGGGACCUCAACCAUCUGGUCUCGGCCACCAUGAGCGGGGUGACCACCUGCCUGCGCUUCCCGGGCCAGCUCAACGCCGACCUGCGCAAGCUGGCGGUCAACAUGGUGCCCUUCCCUCGCCUCCACUUCUUCAUGCCCGGCUUCGCCCCCCUCACCAGCCGCGGGAGCCAGCAGUACAGCUCGCUGACCGUGCCCGAGCUGACCCAGCAGAUGUUCGACGCCAAGAACAUGAUGGCGGCCUGCGACCCGCGCCACGGCCGCUACCUGACGGUGGCGGCCAUCUUCCGGGGGCGCAUGUCCAUGAAGGAGGUGGACGAGCAGAUGCUGAACGUGCAGAACAAGAACAGCAGCUACUUCGUGGAGUGGAUCCCCAACAACGUCAAGACGGCCGUGUGCGACAUCCCGCCCCGCGGCCUCAAGAUGUCCGCCACCUUCAUCGGCAACAGCACCGCCAUCCAGGAGCUCUUCAAGCGCAUCUCGGAGCAGUUCACCGCCAUGUUCCGGCGCAAGGCCUUCCUGCACUGGUACACGGGCGAGGGCAUGGACGAGAUGGAGUUCACCGAGGCCGAGAGCAACAUGAACGACCUGGUCUCCGAGUACCAGCAGUACCAGGACGCCACGGCCGAGGAGGAGGGGGAGUUCGAGGAGGAGGACGACGAGGAAGUGGCCUGACCGGCGGGCCGCGGCCGCCCCCCCCCGCCUUUCCUACAUCCCAUCGCCGCCUGCUGCUCCUCCUCCUCCUCCCGUUUCUCGCGCGCGCGCUCUCUAUAUCUCUCUCUAUCUUCGUGCAUGCGCGUCCGCACCGCGCGCGCUCUCUAUCUUCGUGCAUGCGCGUCCGCACCGCGCGCGCGCGCCUUCUCUCUAUCUCGUGGUGGUCACCUGACUUUUUUUUUUUGCUGUCUUAUCCUGACGCUUCACAUUAAAAGGAGAGAAUUUUGAUAGCACCCCA